AGCUCCAAAAUUCUCAUUUUAUCCCACCUCUCCCUAUUGCACCGUAUCUCGCCCAAUCGACCGCUUCAGGGUUGCAUGGCCUUUGGCUACCCGAUCGAUGGAAGAGUUGUCGAUCCUGGUCUUCAUUUAGUCGUGCCUAGAACCCUAGUCGUAUCUUCUCCGCCGCUUCCGCCGCUCUUUUCGCUGCCGCCCGUAGGAUACGUUGUCACCGCGCCGGUUGCUGGCUUCCAAAACCUCAGCUUCCCGAGACUUUUCUUCCCAAGAAGUUUCAUUGCCCCUCGAGUGGCUUUGGAUCCUGCCAUUUUGAUUCAAAUGGAAGGCAAGCGUGUUCAGUCUUUGCUUCAGUUUAUGGCUAGCGAAGGCCUGGUGCCGUCUCUCGAAGAGGAGACGAAGAGGAAGAAAGUGAUGGAGGAGCUUAAACAGAUAGUUUUGUCUUGGAUAAGAAAAGUUGCAUGGCAGCGCCGUCUUCCUAAGGACAUAAUUGCUAGGACAAGUGCUACCAUUUUGGCAUAUGGCUCGUAUGGUCUAGGAGUCCACGGUUCAGAUUCUGACAUUGAUGCUUUGUGCAUUGGUCCAUAUUUUGCUUCAAUGGAAGAAGAUUUCUUUACUGUUUUGCACGGUAUGCUUCAAAGCAGAUCUGAAGUAUCAGAACUACAUUGUGUCAAGACUGCAAAAGUUCCUUUAAUGAGAUUUAAGUUCAAUGGCAUAUCAAUUGAUUUUCCUUAUGCUCAACUACGAGUUGUAUCUGUUCCAGCUGAUGUGAACAUAUUUGAUCCAUGCUUAGUGAUUCCUGAUGAAACGAGUCAGAGAAGUUUUUCUGGAGUCAGGGUUAAUCAACGCAUCCUUCAAUUGGUGCCAAACUUGAAGCACUUCCAAGCAAUGUUGCGAUGCAUGAAGUUAUGGGCCCUAAGACGUGGACUUUAUUCUAAUUUACUUGGAUUCUUUGGGGGGAUUCAUCUUGCAAUACUGGCAGCUUUUGUUUGCCAAAGAUAUCCUAAUGCUAGUAUAAGUGCUCUCAUAACAUUGUUCUUUGAGACGUUUUCUAAUUGGCCAUGGCCAAAGCCAGUUUUUCUACAAGACCAAUCAAUACCAUCAAAGAAUCCUGAUGAGCGCUACUUUAUGCCCAUCCUGAUGCCUUGCAGUCCAUUUGAUUGGUGUAAUUCCAACAUAACAAGAGGCACAUUCAGGAAAAUUAUGAAAGAAAUUAAGCGUGGUUAUGACAUCACAAAGGACCAGGGGAGGCUAGAUUUCCAAUGGUCUCAUCUUUUUAACCAUUUCCCAUUCACUGAGAGUUAUAACUAUUUUGUUAGGAUUUGCCUUAUUGCUCCAGAUCAUGAUGAGCUGCAGGACUGGGCAGGCUGGGUUAAGUCCCGAUUACCCGGCCUUCUUCUCAAGCUAGAGAGGGAGCAUGGAUUCUGUGACCCAAACCCUAAAGAAUAUGUAGAUUCCAACGUGGAUAACCCUAAUGUUGUUUUCUACUGGGGCUUAUCAUCUCUGGGCCGUGCUGGCUUUGAUCUCAGCUCUAUCAAGGAGGAAUUCAUGAAAAGCAUCAACAAAGAAGAACACAGUGGGUAUCAAAACACAAAAUGUAAAUUGGAGUUGUCUAUUCUACAAACCUCCCAGCUUCCCAAGGAUCUUGACCUCAACUAUGGAAGUGAAAAGAGAACAAAAGCUUGCUGGAGAAUUAUGGAUUACUACAAUCAACACAGAAAACCUGCAUAUUCUCAGUACAUUCCCAGUUACUUCAUUGGUUAUGUGGCCUCAAGUGGUGAUCAGUUAAGUCCUAUCGGUUAAGGCUUCGUUUGGGACAGCUUUCAUACUAUUUUUUAAAACGGUUUUCUAGUAUAAAAUUUUCAAAUUCAAGAAAUUUUUAUAUUAAAAGCUAUUUUAAAAAGCAAGAAGAAAGCCGACCUAAACGAAGCCUAAGAAGCAAUGAAGCUUAUUUCUUGCUUGUUUGGUCAGUUAAGAAACUGUGAAGUUUCCAGGGCCUUAAACGUGAGUUCAUUUAUCUUGCUAUGAUUGGUAUGUGGUCGGGUGGCUUUGCCAAUUUUGGGCUUUGUAUAGGGACGAUGAGUGCUUCAGAUUAAGCAGAGCAUUCGCUCUAUAGCAUUAAGAAUUGUACAUUUUUGCAUGUAACUAAAAUGGAUAUUUUGGCAUUUUAUAAUUUGUAUUCAGCAUGUCUCUGAUGAUGAAAUUAAAAGUGCUGUAUUUUCUGGCA